CUCUCCGCCGCGCGGGCCGUUGCCAAGGAGUCGCGGCCCCGUGUCCCUGGUAACGGAGCCCGAGCAGCUCAUCACCCGUCAAACUGCACUGACUACAGGCUGGUUAUGAAACGGAUAUAACACCAUGGGGGACAAUCUUACUUAUGAAGUUGAGCUAAAUGAUUUGGUAAAAGAGUAUUUAAUAUUUGCUGACUUGGAAGAAACUGCAAACCAUUUUGAGAAGGAAUGCAAGAACAAAGGCAAGACAAUCCCCAAAUCUCCUGGGAGCAAUGUUCAGGAAUCAAAGAUUUUGAUUGUUCAGGACAAUAUCCUCACAGCAUUUGAAGAUGGCAGUAGAAAGGUAUUCUUUGAGCUCUGGGAAGAGCACAUCCCUCAACAAAUUCGGGACAGUCAACCACUGACUCAGAAACUGGAGUUUUAUCUUCAGAUUCAUUUCACUAUCUUCCCACUGAAGAACUCUGUUGGAAAUCCUGACAAAGCUGACACAGAUGAAAGAAUAUUUCACUUUAAAAAGUACCUGGAAACGAGAGGAGCCACAUUGAGCCAGACACCCGAGUUUCUGCCUUUUUAUGCCUUGCCGUUUGUCCCCAAUCCUACUGUGCACCCUUCUUUUAAGGAACUUUUUCAGGAUUCCUGGACUCCUGAAUUGAAGAUGAGACUGAAGAAAUUCUUGUCUAUGAAUCUAAGAGCAAAGAACAUCCCAAGGCUCCUUUCUUUAUAUAAAGACAUCGUACAGGGUAACCGAGAAUUGCAGCACCAACUCCAGCAACAGUUAGUGGAAGCUGAAAGAAGAGCAGCAGCUUACAUGAAAAAAUAUAAUAAAAUGCAGGAGGAUUAUCACAACCUGAUUGGAGUCACUGCAGAGCUGGUGGACUCACUGGAGGCUACUGUUAAUGGGAAAAUGAUCACGCCCGAGUACCUUCAGAGUGUCUGCAUACGUCUCUUCAGCAACAAAAUGGGACAAAGCCUGCCUCAGACUAUUGACUUCACAAGGCCAGGAACUGAUAUUUUCUGUAAGAGCCCUUAUCACAGUGAAGGAGUUGCUUCUUCUAUGCUGAGAGCAUCCAUCGUGCCCGUGAAAUCCAAAGAUGUGCCUUUAUUGCCAUCUCUUGAUUAUGAAAGGUUGAAAAACGACUUGGUUUACGGGAACGAUCGCCUGAAGGCACUACUCUUGCAAGCCCUGCGUUGGCGGCUGACGCAGUCUCAAGCUGGAGAGCAGAGGGAUACAGUGCUUCAGGCUUACAUCAGCAAUGACUUGCUGGAAUGUCACAGAAGCAGUCAGAGAAGUUUAUUUAAUUUGUUUAAUUCGAAGAGUGAGGUUGUCCGGCAGUACACUGCACGACUGGUCAAUGCCUUUGCAUCACUCUCAGACGGGAGGCUGUAUUUGUCACAAAACACAGUGGUAUUGAGGGUACUUGAAGAAACACUGAAGGCUGAGGAGAAGGAUUCUAUUACAAGAGAAAACGUACUCGGAGCUCUGCAGAAGCUCAGCCUCAGGCGUGUGCUGCAGUCAACCAUGAUCAAAGAUGGCAUCAUGUUCUGGCUGGUGAACGUACUGGAGGACUCGGAUUCCUUGUCGGACUACACCUUGGAAUACUCUAUUGCACUUUUCAUGAAUCUCUGUCUUAGGACUCGAGGCAAACAGAAGUGUGCAGAGUAUGCCAGCAGAGUGUUGAAAGUGUUGUCUGAUCUUUUGGGUCACGAAAACCAUGAGAUAAGGCCAUAUGUAAAUGGAGCUUUGUACAGCAUUCUUGCUGUCCCUUCAAUACGCGAUGAGGCAAAAGCAAUGGGCAUGGAAGAAAUUCUCUGGUGCUUUAUCAAAGAAGGGAGUUCUGAGAUGAACAGACAGAUUGAGUUUAUUAUAAAACAGCUCAACUCUGCAGAGGAGAUGCCUGAUGAUGUGGACACUGACGAGGAGGAGGAGGAAGAGGAUGAUGAAGAUGAGCAUGAAGCGAUGGAGGCCGACUUAGACAAGGCUGAGGUAUUAAAACCUCAACCUGCUGAGUUAUCAGGAGAAAAACUACUGACGACUGAGUACCUGGGGAUCAUGACCAACACAGUGAAGGCCAGGAGAAAGCCAAUGCCAUCCUUACACCAAAGCUUCGAUGAACCUCUACAGCGGCCAGUUACACCCAGUACACACAGAACAACAUGCACAUCGUUGGGAACUGAUCUGGACCAUGAUGAAAACAGGAGUCCCAGUGAAGAGAGCAAAUUCUAUUCACAGCCAAGCUCUCGGCCACCGACUCGAAGCGGGAGCCGGCCAACUACAUCAGGCUUUUUUUCUUCUCCUGCUACUCUCGAUAAAAGUACCUCCCUGUUGGGCUCCCCACUUCUUGGGAUUGAUCAGCAGCUUCCAACACCCACCGAUUUGUUUGCAAACAGUUCGCCCGAAAGGUGUUUUGAACAAACAAACAGGCAACCUGUCAGGCGACAUGAUUACAUGACGGCGUUCAGCAGCAGACCCAGGAUCCCUAGGACUCCAGAAUUAAUCACAAGUCCUCGAAAGAUCAAGUCGUCAACCAUCGCACCUCAGUUCUCUCAGUCUGGCCCCCAGCAGACCACUCGCCCCAACUCAGCUGGGUCCUCCAACAGGAGCAGACACAGCAACCAGUCAUAUAGGAAGUGACAACAGACCUUUCCUCAGGAAUCACCUGUUGCAACAUUGAAACAUUAUUAGUGUCCUGUCAUGCAUAUCUCAGAAGAUUGGACAUGAGACAAUAAAAGGAUUAUCCAUUCAUACAUAGCAAGUCCUUCUCGUUUUACAGGAACUAUGACAGAUUUUCCGCCCGCAAUGUAAAUAAGAAUAAUUUAUACCUUUUGUUCUUUGUUGCACUGUGAUGUUUUUAAACGUCAAUAUUCUGCUUUUUUUUGUAGGUGAUAUUUCUUCAUAGCUGAGUUUUACUCCUCACUACUGUGUGUGAAUGGUAGUAAAACGUGAAGCGGGUUUCAUUUUGUUUUCUCUCUGGCGGCUGAGAUCAUGUAUUUACUGUAUGUUUGUGCAAAUCAUUGAUGUUAACGCAAAUAAAACCUGACCUGUGAUUUA